CUUCCGUUUUUCUCACAUGGUUGUGGAGCACAUUUGACAGGUCGGCGAUGUUGUUGUCAUUGUUGGUGUAUCUGCAGUCACUGAGAUGGGUGGUCCCGACUGCGGUUAUGUUGGGGUCAGCCCCUGCCUACAUCACCGCUUGGAUGGCGGUGCGAAUGGCAACUGCAAUUCUACCGAGGCGUUACUACCGACGCGGGGACGACCUUUUAUAUUCGGCCUACCAACGACUGAUACUAUUUUUUUUUGAGAACUACACAGGAGUACAGAUUUACCUGUAUGGGGACACAGAUGUCUUGACAUCCAAGAAGGAGAAUGUUCUGUAUAUGUCCAACCACCAGUGUACAGUGGACUGGGUUGUGUGUGACAUGCUGGCUGUGAGGCAGGGAAUGCUGGGCACUCUCCGCUACGUGCUGAAAGAUGGUCUCAGGUUCUUUCCCCUAUAUGGAUUCUAUCUGGCACAGCAUGACUGUUUGUAUGUGAAGAGAAGUGGCAAGUUUGAUAAAGAUCGGGCCAGUCGGCAGCUGGAGAGACUACAGAGAGACAAGACUCCCACAUGGUUUGUGGUGUUUCCAGAAGGCACACGCUUCAACCCUGAGCUGCCGGAGGUCAUCAAGAAGAGUCAGGACUACGCCAAGGCUCAAGGUUACCCAGUCCUCCACCACGUCCUCACCCCUCGCUACCGAGCCCUGCAGGUGGGGCUGCUGCAGAUGAGGACUUGUCUGGAUGCUGUGUAUGAUAUCACCAUCGCCUAUGGCAACACUGUUGCCAAGGAAACAGGGGAGAGACUGACCUCUCCAGGGAUGCCAGACUUCCUGCAGGGCAGCAGCAAAGAGCUCCAUCUACAUAUAGCACGUGUGCCCCUGUCUGACGUCCCCGACUCAGAGGAAAAGCUCUCACAGUGGGUGCAGCACCGGUUCCAGGAAAAAGAAAAGCUGCUGUCCCACUUCUACUCCCCGAACAACAGCUGUAGUGAGCCCCGCCAGUGUUUCCCCGGCAAGCGGGUCAAGUCAGGUCUCCCCCUCAUCUCUACAGCGCCCGCCUUCCUCUUCUGGGGUGGACUCUUCACAGCAGUGCUGGCCACGUCGGAGGGCCGGGCUGUGUACUGGAAGGUGGCCCUGGGGUCCACAGCAGCUGGCUGUCUGUGGAUGGCCGUGCGCUCAUAACGCGGAGGGUACAUAGGGACAAAUUUGUCUGCGCUAGAUGUCGGGCAUAAUAUCAACUGACUCCACCCGCUGGAGUAUUUGCAGUGCUUCUCAGUCUUCUUUUCAUUGCCAAAAUUUGUCACUUUGUUGUGUUGACACUGAUAAAGUUGAUCUGAGCAAGACUAUGAACUAACAACUGUUGGCGGGUCCUGUCUGAUCAGACGAAGGCCAGCACAUCUGUGAUGUGUGAACCAGUUUCUGUGUGACGACGCACAGGCUCCUGUGUGUGAUAACCAGGUAUUAUUGUGCCUGAUGUGAAGGUCUUGUGUAGGGUCAGCUCACUGCGUGGAUGUGUUCAAGCUCUAAUGUGUGAGACUACACUGUGUGUCUGGAUUGUGUGUUGACACACUGUGUGUCUGGAUUGUGUGUUGACACACUGUGUGUCUGGAUUGUGUGUUGACACACUGUGUGUCUGGAUUGUGUGUUGACACAUAGUGUGUCUGGAUUGUGUGUUGACACAUAGUGUGUCUUGAUUGUGUGUUGACACAUAGUGUGUCUGGAUUGUGUGUUGACACACUGUGUCUGGAUUGUGUGUUGACCCACUGUGUGUCUGGAUUGUGUGUUGACACGCUGUGUCUAGAUUGUGUGUUGACACACUGUGUAUCCGGAUUGUGUAUAGACACAUAGUGUGUCUAGAUUGUGUGUUGACACACUGUGUGUCUAGAUUGUGUGUUGACACACUGUGUGUCUAGAUUGUGUGUUGACACACUGUGUCUAGAUUGUGUGUUGACACACUGUGUCUGGAUUGUGUGUUGACACACUGUGUGUCUGGAUUGUGUGUGGACACACUGUGUGUCUAGAUUGUUUGUUGACACACUGUGUCUGGAUUGUGUGUUGACACACUGUGUGUCUAGAUUGUUUGUUGACACACUGUGUCUGGAUUGUGUGUUGACACACUGUGUGUCUGGAUUGUGUGUGGACACACUGUAUGUCUGGAUUGUGUGUUGACACAUAGUGUGUCUGGAUUGUGUGUUGACACACUGUGUGUCUGGAUUGUGUGUUGACACUCUGUGUAUCCGGAUUGUGUAUAGACACAUAGUGUGUCUGGAUUGUGUGUUGACACACUGUGUGUCUGGAUUGUGUGUUGACACGCUGUGUGUCUGUAUUGUGUGUUGACACGCUGUGUGUCUGGAUUGUGUGUUGACACAUAGUGUGUCUGGAUUGUGUGUUGACACACUGUGUGUCUGGAUUGUGUGUUGACACAGUGUGUCUGGAUUGUGUGUUGACAC